ACCAACCCAUAAACCCCCAUUUUACUCAAAACAAAUACUCUCUGAAGAAAUCUCAUUUCAGCACUUUUACUUUCAAUCUUUUCAUUUAAACCCUUUGAGAUAAGCAGACGGAACCAUGUGUGGCGGUGCUAUCAUUUCAGGUUUCAUCCCGCCGACUACCAACGUUCGGUCACGGCGGCUGACGGCUGAGUAUCUUUGGCCGGAGCUGAAGCGAUCAGGAAAUAAGAAGUACUCAAAGCCGCUUGUUGACGAUGACUUCGAGGCUGACUUUCAAGGCUUCAAAGACGAGGAAGAAGAGUCUGAGGUCGAUGAAGAUGAUGACGUGGACGUAGAUAUGGACUUGUUGGCUGAUGUUAAACCUUUCACUUUCUCAGCUCAUCCUCCUGUUCCUCCUCCAAAAUCUCGUGGAUCUGCAGCUGUAAAAUCAGCGGAGUUGAAUAAGCCAACCAAAAGAUCUGCAGAAAGAAAGAGAAAGAAUCAGUACCGUGGAAUCCGGCAACGCCCAUGGGGUAAAUGGGCUGCUGAGAUCCGUGAUCCCAGGAAAGGGGUUCGUGUCUGGCUGGGAACUUUCAACACUGCUGAAGAAGCUGCCAGAGCUUAUGAUGCUGAGGCACGGAGGAUUCGUGGAAAGAAAGCUAAGGUGAACUUUCCUGAUGAAACUCCCCGUGCUUCUCCAAAGCGUUCAGCUAAGAGUAACUCUCUGAAAUCAGUUCCCAAGGAGAACCUAAGUCAUGUUCAGUCAAAUUUGAAUCAGAAUUUCAAUUACUUGAACAACCCAGAUCAGGACUACUACAACUCUGUGGGUUUUGUGGAGGAGAAGCCACCAGUCAGUCAGUAUGGUUUUGUGGAUCCGAUUCCAGCAAAUGAAGACCUUGGUUUCGGGUCCUUUGCACCAGCAACUGAUAAUACCAAUGUUUACUUCAGUUCUGACCAAGGAAGUAACUCCUUUGAUUGUUCUGACUUUGGCUGGGGAGAGCAGGGAGCAAAAACUCCUGAAAUCUCAUCUGUUUUGGCAGGCACACCUGAAGUUGAUGAAUCUCAGUUUGUUGAGGAGGUUGCUAAUCCAACGAAGAAGCUGAAGUCAAACUCUGAGAAUGUGGUACCUGUUGAAGAUAAUAAUGCUAAGUCACUUUCAGACGAGCUCUUGGCUUUUGACAAUCAGAUGAAGUACUUUCAGAUGCCGUAUCUUGAUGGAAGCUGGGAUGCUUCACUUGAUGCCUUCCUGAAUGGUGAUAAUGCUCAGUAUGGUGGAAACCAAGUGAACCUUUGGACCUUUGAUGACAUCCCCAGCAUGUCUGGGGGAGUUUACUGAGCAAACUUUCCCUUGCUUGCUAGUUUUGUAAAUAAAGCUACAUGUUACUUGCAGGAAUGGUUGUCAACUUUGAUGAAGAUGCAGUACAAACUGAUGAACAUGCUUAAGCCAUAUUUGGAGAGUGUUUCUCAGGAGCUUUUAGUAUAAUGGCAGUAUAUAGGUAUUUAGGUUCCUUUCAACAUUUUGAGACAUUGAAACUGUGAGAUUUUAAAAUUUGGUGACUGUAUGAAUGGUUAUGUGUGAUUUGUGAUGAAAUACUGAAACCAGAUGAAUUUCAACUUUGCUCUAUUUUUUUGUUUGUCA